CAAUGUUCCACGAGUUGGACAUGCAGUAGGCAUUGUCGCAUUCAGUCAUUGGUGAAUGCUUAGCUUCAUAUGUUGCAAAUAAGGGUACUACGAAACAUCUUCGACAGUUCUGGCACGGAGACCGGAUUAUAAAUAACCGAAGAGGACCAUAUGAUGAUUAGAGCAUGCGUAUUGUAAGGCCAUCAACGUUGCGAUAACUUGAAAGAUUGCAAGCGUUAGUCGCAUGUUUGAAAAAAGAUAUGUACAAGUUUUGAAAUGUGAUAAUUAAACAUUGGAGUGAAAAAUGGCUCGUUCCACUCGAUAUACAGUCAGUUCUGUGGAGGAGAUGACAUACAGACCAAAAUUUCAUUCAUACGAAACUGCAGAUGUCACAAUGACUUACGAAGUAAUGUCAAAUAAUUCUACUAAAGACGAUGUCGCACCUUUAGUUAUGUCAAACGGAACAUCACAAAGAAGAACAUUUUCAAUGUAUGAAACAAAAGCCAGUCCAAAAAUAGAUCCAGAUUUUCUAAUCGCUUGCAAGAAUUCGGACGAAAGCGUAUUAGAACGUAUUGUAGAAGAAGUACCAUCUUUUCAAACAAUUAACCAACAAGAUAGAUGUGGAAGAACAGGUUUAUAUCAUGUAUGCUCGAAUGGACAUCUAAAAAUGUUAGAAAUUUUGGUUCAGCUCGCUCAUCUGGAUGUUAAUCUUGCGGACAGUGAAGGAAAUACUCCACUUAUAGCAGCUGCACAAGCAGGUCACGUGGAGAUUGUUGGUCUGUUAUUGGAUAAAUACAAGGAUGUAUUAUUAAUAGAUCAAAGGAACGUUUUUGGAAUGACAGCCUUGAUGAAAGCAGCUCUACAAGGAAAAACAAAAUGUGUAAAGCUUUUGCUUUCUGCAGGAGCAAAUCCUAAUUUGUGUGAUCCACGUCGACAAUAUUGUCCUCUGCAAUGGGCACGAUUCUGUUGCAGAUAUUCUUGUGCAGAGGCAAUAGAGAAAUUUAUGAAAACAAAUAAUAAAACUUUUUUGCACAAUAAAUUAUUUUCUACUAGUAAUAAGUGGAGUAGUGACCCUGAAAUAAGAACGUCCGUGCAAGAAGUGAGGCCGCCAAAAUCAAUGGAGAACAGUUGGUUCAAGCAAAAAUUGAAAAAGACAUUUCGCUACGCUGACCAUAAGACAAGAAAGAGCGGUGAAGUCGGUGCGUUAAGUAACAUAACAUCUUCAGCUGUGAUGUGUGCCUCAUCAGCCAUUUUGCAAAAUAUAGAAUGUGAUCAAGCAUACAAAGAAAUAAUAAUACCUAAAUUAGAAGUUCUACACCAUAACGGUAAAUAAACGUGCCUUAUCACGUCAUCUUUCUAUUUGGAAGAGAAGUACUAUAUUCUUGGAACUGCACUUCAUCACUUUUAUCUUCUAUACCUCUUCGAUAAUAUUUUGUUAUAUUCCAUCUGUUAUUUCUUCGCUAUCUUGUACGCUUGAUGCCAAAUUAUUUCCAUCAUCUAUCUACCUAUAUAUAUCUACAUAUAUAUAUACAGUAUUUACAUAUAUUUAUACACACGUUUGUGUGUUGUACACUUGGUAACACAUUUUACCGGACUUAAAUAAACUUAAAUACUAUUAAAGUUUACUAAUUGUUCAAAAACUUGAAAUUUAGUACUUAAUAACACUUCUGAGUGAUUACUAAAUUUAUUAAUUUUCAUUUUCCUAAAACGAUUCGUUUUUUUCACUUUUGUCACUUCAAUAUUUAAUUUAUUUAGAAUCUUUUUAAUUUCAUAAACAGAAAAGUGUAAAGAUGCCAUCCAUUAAUUACGUGUACAAUUUUUAAGUCGUUUUUGAUUCUCUCCCUCCCUAUUGUGUACAACGACAUACUUUUGCAAACCCUUCUUCUGUUUAAUUAAUUACGUGUACAAAACCCACUGACACUGAACAAAUAAUUUUAAAAAGUUGCAAAUAUUUUCAAAGAGAUAAUUUAUUCACACAGUUAGUAAGUGGGUUUAUAAGAACAAAUUCGUGUGCCACUAAUACCACUAAAAAGUCUACAUAUGUCUUGACUUCUCCCUCCCCAUCGUUUAUAGUGAUGUACUGUACAGUACUAUACUUUUCACGACCCCUUCUCCUAUUAAACUGUGCACCUAAUUAAUAGACGACCCGAAAUAUGAAAUAUAAUAACCACAGAUAUCUAAACGUACAACAGAUUUAUUACACUGAAAGUUUUUAAAAAAUAUUUUUACAGUCAUGUUUAACCUUUAUAUAAUUUUUCGAUAAAAACGAAUUGAUAUUUUAAAAAAUCUGUAAACAAUAUUAUUUAUUAUCUAACAUUAAAACAUUAUGUUAAAAAAUAGAAUAUAUCAUCAUAACAUAACAGAUUUGUUAAACAAUUCCAAAAUAAAUUUAUAUAAUUUAUAGCCGUGAUAAGUGCUGUAAUAUGUUAA